AUGUAUGCACUCAGUGCUGCUAUUACUGCUACGAAUACAAAGACUACACAUUUAAUUGUUAUGCCACUCCAUCUUUCUAUCAGAUUCAUCGGUGAUAUAGAAACCAGAAACCAAACAAUUAUUUCAGAAUUCAUUCUACUAGGAAUAUCAGAGGAUCAAAAACUACAACCCCUCAUAUUUAGCCUGUUUCUGAUCAUGUACCUGAUCACAAUCCUUGGGAAUCUGCUCAUAGUCCUGGCGGUCAUCUCUGACUCCAACCUGCACAACUCCAUGUACUUUUUUCUCUCCAAUCUAUCGUUUACUGAUAUCUGUUUGAGCACAACUACCAUCCCAAAAAUGCUUGUGAAUAUCCAGACACAGAAGCACAGUAUCACUUAUAUAGGCUGUAUCAACCAGAUUUUCAUUUUCAUAGCAUUUUCUGGUUUUGAAAAUUUCCUUCUUGCUGCAAUGGCCUAUGACCGCUAUGCAGCAAUUUGUCACCCACUCAGGUACACAGUCAUCAUGAACUCCUACUUCUGUGGACUACUGAUUCUACUUUCCUCGUUCAUGAGUAUGGUGAAUGCCCUGAUCCACAGUCUGAUGGUUUUGCAUCUUUCCUUCUGCACAAAACUGGAAAUUCCUCAAUUCUUCUGUGAACUUGCUCAGGUCCUUAAGACUGCGUGUUCCAGUGCCCUCAUCAAUAAUAUCUUAAUAUACUUUAUGGGUUGCAUAUUGGUUGGUAUUCCUGUUUCUGGCAUCAUAUUCUCAUACACUCGCAUCAUAUCUUCUGUUUUGAGAAUGUCGUCAGCUGGAGGAAAGUAUAAAGCUUUUUCCACCUGUGGGUCUCAUCUUUCAGUUGUUUCUUUAUUCUAUGGGACAUCUUUAGGUGUAUACUUCAGUUCACCGUUUACAAACUCUCCCAAGAAAGCAGCAGUAGCUUCAGUGAUGUACACUGUGGUGCCUCAAAUGAUGAAUCCUUUUAUUUAUAGUCUGAGGAAUAAGGAUAUAAAGGUAAGCUUGAAAAAGUUAUUUGGUAGAAUACAUUGA